AUGAAUCAUGGACAGUUUUUUUACCAAACUACAGUUGAAAGAAAUGAAGUUUAUUAUACAGAAAUUAUUUCUUGUGGAAAUUCCAAGAGUUAUUAUUCUUCAGUUUUAUACAACGGUAGAUUAGUAAAUAAAUACAAUAACUUCUCUCACAACAAAUGUUUACGACAGUGUGGCCAUCACAUGCUUUUGAACACAGUCAACUCUUCAAUAUCAAUGUAUUUAAAUAUUAUAAAGAACGAAGGGGAAGGAAUCAUAAACAAUUUCCAGACUUUGUUUCAUUUGAUUAAAUACACAAAUACUGUUCAAAACACAAUUACAAAAAGUAACCAAUGUUUAGUUUAUUUAGAUGUUAAUUCAACAGCUUUAUUGAUUUCAUGCGUUAUGAAAGAUAAUAUUUUGAAUUCAGGAGUUUUUUAG